AUGAGCCACGACGGAGACGCACCUGGGCAGCCCGCCGCGCAUGCUGCACAGGUCAAAGUUGCCGGUGGCGCCACGUCGUCUGCCGUCUCGCUGCUGGCACCGCCGUUGCCCGAGCUCGAGGCGUCGCUCGUGUCGCAGCUCGUCUUCGCCUGGCUCACGCCUCUCGUCAAGCUGGGCGCACAGAGGCCGCUGGAGCUUACUGAUCUCUACAAUAUUGCGCCGAGAGACAACCCCGUCGGGUUGGCCCAACGACUCAAGCGCGAAUGGAACGCGCGCAAGCAGCACACUGAGUCCUGGUGGGCACUGGCCAGGUCGAUCUGGGCGAUCGUGUGGCUCGAGUACUCGUGGGUGGGUGUGUUGAUGCUGGUGGGCAACUUAUGCGAGCUGGCCCUGCCGGUCAUAUAUUCGUGGAUCAUCCAGUUCGUAGGCGACGAGGGCCUGUUGUACGUGGGCCUCGUGUUCGCCGUCUCUGUGACGCACCUGGUCUUUCAGCAGAUGACCUAUUUUCGCGCCCAGCGGGUGCUCAUGAACGUGUCGUCCAUGCUCUCCACGCUGAUCUACCGCAAGAGCCUGCGCCUCCAGCGCGUUUCCAAAGGCAACGCAGCCAACGUCAUGAACGUGGAUCCGUCCAAGGUGGCCAACCUUGCCUGGUUCGCGCACCGAAUCUGGGCGCAUCCACUGCAGCUGACGCUAGCGGUGUACUUGCUCUACGGGUGGCUGGGGCCAGCGGCGUUCACGUCGCUGGUCAUCACGGUGGGCGUCAUGCCCCUCAAAUAUUUCAUCUAUCGUGGCUUCCUCGCCGCGGAUACCAAAAUCAUGGAGCUCAAGGACGAGCGGGUCAAGAAGAUCACCGAGAUUCUCCACGUAAUGAAGCAGAUCAACGAAGUGCGGGCGCACGAAGUCACCCAGCUCAAGAAGUUCUCCUACCUCUACGCCUGCAUGAUGUUCCUCAUGAUGUCGAUGUCCACGUUCAUCUCGGUGGGCACGUUCAGCGUGUACGUUCUGCUGGGCAACGAGCUGACGGCCCACCUCAUCUUCCCCUCGCUCUCCAUCUUCGCUUCGCUCUCGUGGAUCAUCCUCCAGUUUCCGAAUAUGAUCUCGCGCUGGUCGGAGGCCAAGAUUUCGUUCGAUCGACUCAACAAGUUCCUGCGACGCAAGGAGCUGGACAAGAUCGCUACGCAUCAAACACCUCAGCUCGCCGCUUCCACUCGGGCUGAUGAAGACGGCAACAACGACGAUGACGAAGACGACAACAAUGACGGGGAAUCCGUUGCUAUGAAGAACGACGAGAAUGAGGCGAGGGCGAUGAUCAAGAUCGUGGACGGCGGGUUCGAGUGGGAAAAAACCCAGGACGACGCCGACGAAGAUGAGGAAGAACGAAAGAAGAAAGAAGAAAAAGAAAAGAACGAAGGCGACGUACUAGCCACGACAAUGGCCACGGAAAAAAGAGCGAAGAGGACGCCGACCUCUGACGACGAUGAUAACGACGACGUGGCCGAUGGCGAUGAAGAAGACGCCACCCUCUUGACGAACAUGGAGCGAGGUGGACUCGAGCGGGAUGAAGGAGAAGGUGGUGAUGGUGGCUUCCAGCUGCACGACAUCAACGUGGAGGUGAAGCGGGGCGAGCUGGUGGCGGUGAUCGGGCGGGUGGGCAGCGGCAAGACGUCGCUCCUCAACAGCAUGCUGGGCGAGAUGAAGCGCGCCGCCGGUCAGCUCCACCUCAACGCCUCGGCCGUCAGCUACGUCAGCCAGCGAGCAUGGAUUAGGAAUGCGACGGUGAAGGAGAACAUUGUGUUCGGUCAGCCCUUAGACAUGGCGCUGUAUCGGGACGUCAUCCGCGUGUGCGCCCUCACCGAAGACCUCCGCAUUCUCCCCGCGGGCGAUAUGACGGAGAUCGGAGAGAAGGGAGUCAACCUGAGCGGCGGCCAAAAGCAGCGCAUCUCGCUGGCGCGCGCCGUCUACUUCUCCUGCCUCAAGCCCGAGAACAGCGUCAUCCUCCUCGACGACGUCCUCUCCGCCGUCGACGCCCACGUCGGCCAGCACAUUUUCCACGAGUGUCUGGCGGGCAAGAUGGCGGGCAUCACGCGGGUGUUUGCCACGCAUCAGCUGCAGUACCUGCCCCUGGUCGACCGCAUCUACAUCAUGCACGACGGCACGGUCCAGGCCUCGGGCACCUACGCCGAGCUGGUGGCCCGCGGCGUUGACUUUACCAGGAAAAAAGUCAACGGCGACGAUGACGUAGACCAGGCAAAGGAAGUCAACGGUCCGGCGGGCCAGCUGACCGACGGCGACGAGAUCGAGGGCGAGGCGGAGGCAGCGGAGGAGAGCGAAGCGGCGGAGAAAGAGCGAAAAGCGAAGGGCAAGCUGAUCGACGACGAGGAGCGGAGGACGGGCGCGGUCGAGUGGCGCGUCUACGGGCAGUACCUCAUGGGCACGGGCGGCAUCGCCUUCCUCAUGCUCAUGCUCGCCAUCUCCCUCGUCUUUGAGGGUACGGAGGCGUUUUCGCGGCUGUGGCUGGCCUUCUGGUCGAGCGAUGCCAAGGCCGACACGACCCUCCACCUUUCCGUCUACCUCGGGGCGGCGAUAACGAGCAGCCUGCUGGCGUUCAGUCGUCAGUUCCUGUGGACCAAGGGCACCCUCGACUGCGCCCUUCAGCUGCACGACCGCCUCCUCAGCGCCAUCCUGCGCGCGCCGAUGACCUUCUUCUUCACCACACCCACCGGCCGCAUCAUCACGCGGUUCUCGAAGGACCAGGGCGUGGUGGACCAGGAGAUCCCGGACAUGGUGUCGGACUUCUUCCUGUGCCUGUUCGCCUCGCUGGGCACGCUCCUCAUGAUCUGCGGCGUUCUGCCCUGGUUCCUCCUCCCCGUCUUCCCCGUCAUCGCCGUCUACUGGUGGAUCCAGCAAUUCUACCGCAAGACCUCCCGCGAGCUGGGCAGGUUGGAGUCGAUGACGAGUUCGCCGAUCUACGCGCAGUACACGGAGACGCUGGAGGGCCUGGACACCAUUCGCGCGUUCCACUGUCAGCCGCAGCUCAAACGCGAAAACGCGCGGCUGCUGGUGGACAACCUGCGGGCCUACUUCUGCCUCUUCACGGCCAACCGCUGGCUGGGCGCGCGGGUCGAAGCCGUGGGCACGGGCAUCAUUCUCAUCAUCGCCGCCCUGUGCGUUGCCACCCGCGGCGCUCUCAGCGUCGGCUUCGUCGGCCUCAUCCUCGCCCUCGCCAACAACAUCUGA